AAAUAUUUUGUUUAAUUCGAUGCGGUUCGUCACUCUCCUUCGCGUCACUUGAAUGCGAGAAAUAAUACUUCCUCAAAAUCAUUUGAUAUCAUCCAAUUCCAAGUUCUGAGCCAUGGUUUACAAUUUGUGUCAUCUUAUUUAGUGGGUCUUCUUUUACAGAGCGUCGAGUGAUGGCCUCAGCCAGCUGGUACAAAGAAACAGAUGAAAAGAUCAACUACACCAAGCUUUGUAGGUUGCUUGUCGAUGGAGGCACACAAGCAGUUUGCUCUGUAUUUGAUGGCAAAUAUCCACCAUCGUCAUUGAAAGCCUUCUUAAAUGCUAACAAGACAUCACUACAAAAGCUGAAGAAACCAAAAGGGAAAGUACUGAAUAACGAGCAAUGGGACAAACUGUAUCCACCAAAUGGGAGCGACCCUCAAUCUAAAGACUUUGAUAUCACGUUACUGUUUGUCCUUCUAAGAAAUAUUUGUGGACUUACACGACCAGCAACUGGAUGGGAUGUCUUACCACAUGCAACAGACAACUCACUAGAGGCUAACCUUGCCMGGAUAAAGUACUACAGAAACAAUGCAAUAGCACACAAACCAAACACUGAAAUAAAUGAUGCUGACUUUAAACAACACUGGCAGGAUAUCUCAUCUGCUCUUCAAUCACUGGGACUGUGUCAAGAUGACAUAGAUGAUUUGAAGUCUUCUCCUUUGGGAGAGAAAGACUACAACCAGUUACUCUACGAUUGGUAUAUAUCAGACAAGGAUGUCAAAAUACAGCUAGAGGAUCUGAAGUCAGACCUCAAGUCAGACACAACAGACCUCAAGUCAGACACAGCAGACCUCAAGUCAGACACAGCAGACCUCAAGUCAGACACAGCGAACAUCAAGUCAGACACAACAGACCUCAAGUCAGACACAGCAGACAUCAAGUCAGACACAACAGACCUCAAGUCAGACACAGCAGACAUCAACAAUAUCUUAACUUGUCGUAAUAUACCUAUUACAGUGCUGCGCGCCGAACCGUGA